AUGGACUCAGCCAUCCGUGUGGAUGUGCCGGCGUUCAUCCAGCCGGUCCUGCAGCGGGGACCCAGAACGCCUGCUGGCACAGGCUGCUCAUAUACAAGUGCUGUCGGCUCUCCAACCUUCAGAGAAGAGCCGCGCUACCUGGGGCCCACGGUGGAGCCGGUCAACGUGAUGGUGGCCACGCUGCAGCAGCAACAACGACAGCGGCAAUUCGCCUCGGUGAAAGUGGCACCGGUGUGUGAGCUCCUUGGCAGCCCAAGCAUCAUCUGGAACAUUUGUUACCUUUUGGUGGACUUUGGUGGGAGCAACUUUGGUGGACGGUGCUGGGUUAUCGCUCUGGACAACGUUCUUCUACACAUCCUCCGACGAAGCCGGCGCUUGCUCGGACUACCACCUGAAGACACGGACAUGAACGAACCUCAAGCAGCUGACGGCAGCCAAGACACAAGCAUGCAAGAUGACAGUACCCAGAUGGUGAACUUAACAGAAGAAGCAAAGCAAUAUGUUGAGAAGCAAAAUACAUCAGGAAAAAUUGAUAGCUGGGGGUUAAGCGGUUAUUACGAAUACUGGAUACAACAAGAGCAGGAGAGAAAAGGGCACUAUAUCUUCGCAACGACGGAGAGCCUGAAAUGUGUUCCGGAGGCCAAUGCGGAAGGGCUGCAAUUUGGCAAAGAUAUUCGCAGCUGCACGGAAGAGUUCAGCUUGUUUAUUACGGAAGGCAUGACGUCUCCAUUCCGCGCAAUAACAGAAGUUAACUUUCCCCUAAUGGGAAAAGCAUGGGCGGGAGUAAAAAAACCUGUACGAGUAGACUUAAACAACCAAACUCAAAUAUUCGAAACGAUCCGCGAAGUACCAUACAGACGAUCUGAGAUGAGAUCGUGCACAUUCAAAGUUAAUGUGACUUUACAAGGACAGUUUGCCUAUCACAUGAAGAGGGACAAAGUAGAAGACGGCGAAUACGUGCCUGUCGUUGUAGGAGUACUCGCAAACAAAACGAAAAAACUGUACAAUGAAGGCGACCGGCUGGUGUACACCAUUAUAGGAUCCUAUAAUGAGAAAGUAUGCGUUCAGUGA